AUGGACCCCGCAAUUCCCAUCAAACUCGACUACACCCUGCGUGAUCUCUACUCAAACGGCAAUGAAGAUGACUUGAACACGGUCCUAAUUUACUAUCCUCUGCAAUUUGAGUAUAUUCAUGGAAGAUCAUCGACAAAAUUUGUCUAUGCGUAUACACUGCAAAAUGACGAUGAAAAAGCGUCGUCUUCGAUUGCAAUGGCAGCAGGCAUGUUACCCCAACGGUACGCAUUCUCCGCGGGUAAUAUGCCACUGUUUAUCCUGGAUUUUGAUCCAAGAAACAUCCAGAAAGAAGCGAAUCAUAUAACAUGCCAAGUGAUGGACAAGCUACCUCCCCGCCAUGUUGAUAUCCGUCGGACCUUUGCCCAGUUAACGCCCGACCAACAACCGACUUUGACUUUCGUGGACAACCCGGAAAAUAUACCUCUAGAGGCUGGGGCGCAGGUUGCCGUUUUAGUCCCUAUAGACUGUCUGUCGCAUCUUCCCCAUCUUGUUCAGCCGGAGAUCCAUUACGAGAUCCUGUCGAAACGCGGGCUUGCUGUGUCCGGCUUGGCGACACCCCCUUCCCAGGUUAUUGACACCUGCCUUAUCGACCCAGGGGACCCGAUUCUUUUGAAACAAGAGGUUUCGCGGAUGGUGGAAUCAACUGAACAGCGUCAACUACCGUUCAUGAUCAAGCUUCCACAGUCCAUUUCCGGCAUAGCAGCUCAACAAGUCCAAUCAUCACUUAUAUCCUUGUUCUAUGGUACUUCAAGAUUACAUUACUGGGCCAGUGGUGGCGCUGUCGCUUUUCGUCACGAAAAAGGGCAGCCCCGCUUCAUUGCUUGUUGCGAGCAGCUCUUCGACGAGCAGGGACAUUGGAUCGGCGGGUCAAUCUUGUACCGACAGCAGACGGAGCUUUGCGAGACCUUUUCCGCCAUUUCGGAGAAUGUGGCAACUUUCUUACAUAGCAAAGGGUAUCAUGGGCCGGCUGGUGUGGACAUUGUUACUGACGAACACUCGGGGGAACAGUUCAUCGUUGAUCUCAACGUCCGGGUCACCGGUACAUUCCAUUUGGGUCCCCUACUGGGACAUUUCACCCAGCGCGGGCUGUUUGAGGCUGCCAUAACUAUGGGUGACUUUUCGUGUUCUAGAGAUGCAUUUGAGGAGAGGUUUGCGGACGAGAUUCGCAAUGGUAGUCUGAUCGUGAGUGGCUGGGUCCAUGACGAGUCGAGUCGUCCUAGCCAUGCUGCAAUCACUAUCGGGGCCAGAGACUCUUACGAGUUGAAAGAAUAUCUCGAACGCAUCAAAGCGGUUGCUUUGCACGCAUAG